AUGACAGACUUUCAAGCCGUUACCGAUCGUUUUUUAGCCUGGUUCAAGUCAGUUGGUGGUGAAUUCCGUGAUGACCUAUCAAAAAUCAGCGACCUUCGCAGCCAGGACGCUGGCAGGGGCAUUGUUGCCACAAGGGAUAUCCCAGCAGAAACCACGUUAUUUACCAUCCCAAGAAAUGCCAUCAUCAAUGUCGAGACGUCAGAUCUCGCAAGGCUACUUCCGGGUAUCUUCGAUGGGACACUGAAUGAUGCGGAAGAUGAGAAAGCAGAGCCCCUGGACCCAUGGGCUUCAUUAAUCCUAGUUAUGCUUCGCGAAUACUUGCACGGCGAGCAAUCUUACUGGAAGCCCUAUAUCGACAUUUUACCAACUAGCUUCGAUACACCAAUCUUCUGGACCCAAGAUGAAUUAAAGGAGCUAGAAGGCACAGUUCUGACAGCCGAGAAAAUUGGUAAAUCGGAAAGCGAUGAAAUGCUACGCACACAUGUUCUUCCUAUAGUCACGCAGAACCCUACUGCAUUCUGUCCAAAAGGCGCGAUUCCAUUAAAUGAAGAAGACCUGCUUGCGCUUGCACAUCGUAUUGGCAGUACGAUAAUGUCAUAUGCGUUUGAUCUCGACGAUGACAAAGAAGAGUCUGAUGCUGAAGAAGAGGGGUGGGUCGAAGACCGCGAUGGGCUUACUAUGCUGGGCAUGGUGCCGAUGGCAGAUGUCCUCAAUGCGAAUGCAGACUUCAACGCGCAUGUGAACCAUGGCGAAAAGUUGGAAGUUACGUCGCUGCGUUCUGACAUACGAGCCGGCACGGAAAUCUUGAAUUACUAUGGUCCUCUUCCGUCCUCUGAGCUUUUGAGACGCUACGGCUAUGUUACACCAGAACACCACCGAUAUGACGUUGCUGAAGUAUCCUGGGAGCUUGUGCGGAGUACUUUAGUAGCGCACUUGGAGCUUUCUGAUGGUAUCUUGCAAGCCGUAGAAACCCAAUUAGGCGAGGAUGAACUGGAAGACUACUUUGUUCUUGAGCGCGAUUCUGGAGAGCCUUCCGAUGAGGGCCGUCUUGUCCAGCCUCCCCAGACUUGCGAGGUUCCUACAGAGCUGAGCGAACAAUUAAAGACUAUUUUGAAGGCUUUGAAAAAGCAACAGCCUGAGCUCAUUGGAAGCGCCGUGAGGCGUGACGAGAUUCUCCAUGCUGUCAUUGGAGAAGCUCUGAACCGUAAACUCUCCGAGUAUGCCACAUCUGUGGAGGAGGACGAAGAACUGCUAGAAAACAGCAGCUUAACGAAGAGACAUCGUCUCGCGAUUGAAGUAAGGUUGGGUGAGAAGAGGCUACUUCAUGAGCUCCUUUGUGGUCCGUGUAUAUCGGUGGCCCUGUCCCCCGAGUACCUACCCUUGCCAUCAAACGCAUCAUGCCCCGGUCUGCAACCCAAGCAAAUGACGCAUGAAAUGUGGCGAGCGGCCUGCGUUUCUCAAGGUGCAGUUCGUCCUUGGAUUGACUCUAUACCGAUCGUGAUGUGCGCUUGGAGGUUGCCGUACGGCUGCUCGAGAGGCAAUCCGAGAACUACGUCUCAAAGUUGCUUGUGGAUAUAUGCGCUCUGCACUCGCCCGUGGCUGUUCGUCUGUUGCGGCAUGAUUGGCCACGGUCACGUGAAACCACAAGUUGCGACACAAAGGACAUUUGUUCCUCCAUGGACCCUCACCCUGGAGGUGUUUUUCAAGACAGAUUCGCCCGAGGAUAUGCCCACAGCAUCUCCGCAGCCCAGACUGUUCCGCGAUCAUAUCGAUUCGGACCGCCCACUCUCCAGCGCCGUCAGCAGGCGACGGUCCACCUCGAACAGGCUCUACAUAGGGCUCGAGACAUAUCGGGCAUGUACGGUCGCUCACAGCCAGACCUGCAAGCUGCAUUGGAGUUGUGAACAGGGCGCCAUCAUUAGUUGUGCAUGUGGUGUUUGUCGCCAUCGAGCAUGGGAUGACUGGCGAGGCACUCGGCCGUGA